AUGGAAUCAAAAGACAAUACCCCUAAGCCUUUUGUGUUUCCAGUUAUGAAAAAAACAAUUGAGGAUUUGUUUACAAAGUCGAAAAUCACAAAAGAUGAUAUUGAAGCAUUUCAAGAUAAAUACUGGGAACAACUUGUUCCAAAUUUUAGUCAAGCAUUAAAACUUCUCGAUAUACAUGGAGUGCCGAGACACAAUAUUCUAUGGAGUAUAAACGAUCGCCUUAUGGAUGCUAUCAAGGCUAGAGUUGAUUCAAAACCUGAUGACUGUGAUCAAAGAAAGUGUCAGAAACUAUGGCAGAAACUCAUCAAAACUGGUAUUGUAUACAUUCAUCAUCCAUAUAUGCGUUCUUUAAUUAUGCAGGUUCUUGGCAAAAUGAAUUCAAUUAAAGAAAGACAUGUUAAUUUAAUUGUUGACAAUAAAUAUUUGUAUGAUGAUGCACCACUACCCGUUCUGCGUCAUAUUUGGGUCGCGCAUCCUCACAAAUUUCAAGAGGAAUUGGAUAAAGUUGUGGCAACAUUUCAGUCCACCUGGUCUUCUGCUAUUUUAGAUGCUCUUUCAAUGUCAAUUAUGUCAACGGCAACGACUACAGCUGAUCUUGUCCCCAUCUUGUAUUGGCCACCACGUCGGCGUAGACGUGAUCCAUCAAUCAUAAGAAUUGUUGAAAUGAUUGGAGAAGGUCAAGUCUUAUAUGAUAAGACUAUAAGUAUUCUACGGGAAGAAUGUACAAAACAUGAGAAAUCAGCAUUUUCACUUUUGGAACAACAAAUCAAAGGGGUUACCACCGGCAACAGUUCAGUAGAUGAAACAGAUGAACCGUCGGCUAAACGAAGCAGACAUCGUACGUCGAGUAGAGAGAAACCUCCAGAAACACAGUGUCCCAAUAGUAAUAGUAAUCCAUCUAUCCCGUAUAUCCCACUAGCUUUUAUGCCAAAUCAGCCGUCAGUUGCUUCAGCUACCUUAUGUACAUUACGUUUCGAUUUAUUGAUGAGUUUAAAUGAGGCUAAGAUAGAUAGGCUAUGCGUUCCGGAUAGGAUACAUCGUUUUGUGUGGUGUUUAGAUGCAUGUGUACGGAAUCGUAGAAUCGAUCAAAGACAUGCUAGUGAAUUAGCUUAUCAUUUACAAUUGCAACGUCGUCGAUGGGCAAAAGAGGCAGCAGCAGCAGCGGCUAAUGAGAAACAAGAGGUGGUUCACGAAGAAUCUGAACGCUGUCGGGGAAAAAAUGCCAAAAGUUCCAAAAGCGGUCGUAAACGAUCUCCUUCAAAUGCUGCUGCAGAAAAGAAUUGUGAUGCAAAUGAUACAGGUGGUAGAUUAUGUGAUGCAAAUUUGUUAGAAAGAGAUAUGCAUAUGGCUUGUCGAGAUCCAUGGGUUGUAUACACCAUUUGUACAUCUUUGAUUCGUUAUGUAUUGCAUGGACUUUAUGAAGAUAAAGUACCUCGUGAUAUACCAGAAGUUCACUUACUUGUUCAUCUGUUAGUACUUGGUUUAGGCGAUGAUUUGGUUCCACAUUCUUGCCUACAAUCUUCAAAAAGUAAAGAAGCACAUGGAGGUGGUAAGCGUACUGCACCACCGCCUUCAUCAUCGGUGUCAGCGUCUUCAGAAGAUCCCGUAUUAAACUGUCCAGCUAAGGCGCUUAUUAAUUAUAUUCUACCAGCUGUUGCUCAACUACAAGUUUCCACAUGGAAAGCGCAAGUAGCUGAAGAAAUCAUAACUGCAAGUAAUACUGUAUGGUCAACUGGUGUAGAAGUUUCAGGUGGGGCUGUUUCAGCCUCCAGCCAACGACCAUCAUCAUCAUCAUCCCAUGAAUCGUCAAGAGAAUCAAUUAAUCCACCGCCUCCCCCACCAUUGGUUUGGCAGAAACGUAUUAAAGAUGCUACUCAAUGUACCAGUAUCACCAUACCUCCUGGUUAUUUAGCCCAUCCAAUAGGUUAUCUUAUUCUACAAUAUCACUGUCUAUUUUGUUUGGAGCGUAAUGAAUUGGCAACACUUCGUGCAUUGCUAAAACUAGUUGUAACACUAGCGCAAACACGUGGAGGUCGUACUAGUAGUAGUGGAGGUAGUAGCAGUUACAAUAAGCCGACUACACCUAAUCCGCCGUCGUCUUUGGCAUCAUCAUCAUCAACGGCUGCUGCUGCCACGGCACCAACAAAAGUUCAUCAUCCAGAUAUACCAGUUUAUAAUAAAUACGGUCUAUCUGUUGUGUUUCGUUGGCGUCCAGAGGUUUUACAAGCUCUAGUGUUGGGAAUUUCUCGUCUACCUCAAUCUGCUCCUGCUUUUGUUGACAGCAAUAGAAAUACUCAUGUAACUGAAGGUUCUGUUGAAUCUUCUUUAGCCGACGGGACUGGGCAAUCUGAUUCAGAUAAUAAUUCUAGCACUAAUACAUCCUCGACUUUAAAUCGUAGUAGUUCAAUUGUAUCUAAUGUUUUGUCAGGUAGUGAUUUGAGCAGUAAUAUAACAGCCGGCUUUAAUACUAGUAGUUUAACGUCGAAUUCUCAGAGUUCUACUGCUGAGUCGCAUUCUACAACUCCUACAGGCUCAAUAGUUACUCGUGUUAGUUUAGCUGGCCUACUUAGAUCUAGUUUACCCUUAAAUAAUGAUGUACAAUUGUUAGCUCUUGCACAGAUCGCCUUACUUGUGCCUGGGCCAACUAGUAGUAGUAGCAGUAGCAGUAGUAGUAGUGGGAUAGUAGGUGCUGGCGCAUCCAGUAUUCCAGGUGGUGCUUCAACAUAUCCUUCUUCAUCUUCUGACAAUGUGACAAGUGAAUUAGCCUCACCAGCUCCGGUUGUUUUAAGUGAACGUGAAAAAAUUGUGAAUACGUUGGCAAGACAUUGUAUUUUAACACCGACCGGUACAGCAGCAGCAACAACAACAACAACAGCAGUCAAUGAUUUAAAUUUAUUAUUUGAAUCAACUGGAUCACAAGCGGGUGGUGGUAGUUCAGCAAGUGGUGGUGCAAGUGGAAGUUAUAAAUCAACAAAUCCAAGAGUUCUAGCCGCUUUAGAUGCCCUACGCAAAGAUAUUGAACGAUGUCAUAAUUCGCUUGCAUUACCGCUGACGCCUACGAAUUUAGUUGGUAUUAAACCUGGCGGCUAUAGUUCAUCUGGCUCUUCAUCAUCAAAUAGUCUGUUUACAAAUUUCAGUAGUUUUCAAAUGCCAGAUGCUUGGAUCGCUCCAUCUCCACGUAGUCCACAAUCAAGUAAUAAAUAUUCACGUACUACUAUCGAUUCUGUACAGUCGUCUGCGAAUUCAUCCGGCUAUUCCGCCUCCUACUCAUCCUCUUCUUCAUCAUCUUCUUAUGGAUUACACCUGCCUAUUGGAACACCACUUACUAAUCCCGGACUGAUGGGUGCUACGCCUAGUUUAAGUAACUUACAUGUUGGACAGGGUCAAGUGAUGACAUCUCGUAAACCUUCUCAGCCACCUCCUCCUCUGAAUCCUGGGGAGUUUCGAACUCCCUUAUCACCGAAUCCUUUUCAACAGAAAAGUAGUCACAAUAGCAGAUUCGGUCCUGAUUCAUCGUACACUUCAUGUCCAUCUCCAGCUGUGCAUCGAUCAUCGACUUCUCAAGAGAUGAUGAUUAUUCCUAGAUCUCCGUCGCCACCUUCUUAGUUGGUGAAAUCAGGUGUGAUAGAAUUAAUUAUUGAACAUUUGUGCUUUUAAUUCAAUAAGAAGAUUGCCU